AUGGGCAACCACGAUAUCAAGCACUUUUCCCCGAAGCUCUAUCGAGCCCACCUGUCCCUAGUCCAACAGGAGCCCAGGCUAUAUCCGGGAAGCGUGAAAGAGGACAUUCUUCUAGGGAUGGGUCCGGACACGUCCUACGAAGACCUCGUGAGCGCCACGAGGCAGGCCAAUCUACUUGACUUUAUCAUGUCGUUGCCGGACGGGUUUGAGACGCCCUGUGGGUCACAGGGGUCGUCCUUCUCCGGGCCAGAAGCAGCGCAUUACCAUCGCUCGUGCCCUCAUUCGGAAACCAAGAAUUCUCUUGCUUGA